ACACGGUACAAUUGUUACGCAUCACGAAGAGAAAUAGCCAGGCUUGUAGAUACUCGAUGUUUGUAAACAAAGAUGGCUGGUACAAAACGUCGGGGAAACACUGAGAAUCAAACAUGAUUCUUCUCUUUUGCACUAGAAGAGAACUUCCAGCCUGUAUUUAUACUUGCAGUUAUCAGCAUGCCGACGGUUCCAAGGCCUUGGACCAUGGCCUUCCAUCCGUCGAAACAUGGCCGGUUUAUCAAGCUUUCAAAAAAUUUCACCAGCGCCACAAGGGAAGGGGAUACUUACGAUUACGGCGUGGUCUACAGUGACAGACCUAUACAUUUGGGAGAAGUUUUCCAGCUUCAAAUUGAUCAAGUGGAAACGAAAUGGGCCGGUUCUUUGAGAAUUGGUGUGACUCUUAAAAAUCCCAACUGCCCACAAACGGUGGUGGUACGUGCAGUGACAGACUUAUUUGUGGAAGAUUGUAAAGAUUACUGGAUACUAUCGGGGUCGAGAGUGCAUAAUGGGUCAUAUGAAAAGGAUUCUGACUUGAAUGUGCACUCACUCAAGCAAAAGGAUAGAAUUGGGGUGCAAGUUACUGCAAAGGGUGACUUGGUCUUCUUUGUGAAUGGAAUAUGCAAGGGCAUAGCAAUGACUGGACUCCCUACCAAAAAGGAACUAUUUGUGAUUUUUGAUGUGUAUGGAAGGACUAAAGAAGUCUCUUGGAAAUAUUAUGGGGUGGACACAUUAGAAAAUUUGUGUAAGGAGAAAGUAAUAAAGACAAUGAAUAACCCAAGCAGGGAAAAUUUAGAUCACCUUCCACUACCUAAAAUUAUCACAGAUUACAUGUAUCCCCCAUAACAAGAACAGAAAUUAGGAAGAUAUUUUUAUACAUUUGUAAAAAGAUCUUAAGAUUUAUCAAUAAAAUUUAAUUCUGUGAAAUAAAA